CCAGUAAUUCCCACUCCCACUGAGGAAAGAAACCCAGACAAAGCGAACCUUUCCCUACUUCCUCCACACAAAGUACCCGAUUCCCAUCUCCACUCCCCGAUCGUCUUCCCCGUCCCUUCCCUAAUGGGCGUAAGCAACAACAUCAUCGCAAUCCUCAACUUCAUCGCCCUCCUUUGUUCGAUUCCCAUCAUCGCCUCCGGGAUCUGGCUCGCCUCCAAGCCCGAUAGCGAGUGCAUCCGUCUAGUCCGAUGGCCCGUCAUCAUCCUCGGCGUUCUCAUCCUCCUAGUCUCCCUCGCCGGUUUUGUGGGCGCUUACUGGAACCACCAGUGCCUCCUAGCCGCCUACCUCUUCUCCAUGGCAACCCUAAUCGUUCUCCUCCUCGCUCUCGUCGUCUUCUCCUUUGUCGUCACCCACAACGAUGGCGAGUAUGACGUUCCUGAUCGCGGGUAUAAAGAGUAUCGCCUCGCUGGAUUCUCCGAUUGGCUUCGGCAUUACGUCGGUGAUGAUGGGCAUUGGGUUCGGAUCCGAGCUUGUCUUAGUCAAUCGGAUGUGUGCGGGAAGCUUGCACGGGAUGAUGCGUAUUUCACCGCCGAUCAGUUCUUUCGUACCGAUCUAUCCCCUAUUCAGUCUGGAUGCUGUAAGCCACCAACUGUUUGCGGGUAUAGCUAUGUGAAUCCUACAGUGUGGGUUUCCCCUGCCAAUGUGGCUGCAGACCCAGACUGCUAUGCCUGGAGCAAUGACCAGACUCAGCUCUGCUAUGGAUGCAACUCUUGCAAAGCCGGGACGAUCGGAAACCUCCGCAGCGAAUGGAGAAAGGCUAACAUUGUUCUCAUUAUCGCCGCCGUUGCCCUCAUCUGGGUGUACAUAAUUGGCUGCAGUGCCUUAAAGAACGCGCAGACCGAGGAACUGUUUCGCCGGUACAAGCAGGGAUUUGCCUAAAUUUAAAUGGUAAAAUGUCAGAUAGGUGAAACGGUUAGCUCAUCCUUGUAAGAUAAAGCUGUUGCCAAUUGAUAUAUUGAGCUUGUUAUAUAUGUAGUUUGUGGCCUAUUUUCAUUCCCUUUGUUGCUGUUGGGGAAUUCUAGUUAUGUAAUGUGCUGUAGCUAUUGGUAAGAAUGGCUGGUUGCUGCUGUUGUUUUUAAUAAGAGUGUAUGGCUUCAAAGUUUUCAUU